CCAUGCAUCCUCUCCCAGCCACCUCCCUCUUUGUGGGCCUUUAAAAGCUUCCUACAAGGAGGGGGGGCAUCACUUUCAAUAGAAAGGCUUAACUUCAGGAAGGCAAGCAAAUCAACUGUUAAUUUAAAGACAAAGAUCUCCACAAAGGGGUAACCAUGGAUAACCAUUCAUACAAUUUUCCUUCUGACUGCACCCCACUCACCAACUGCAAAUCUGCCCGUAAGCCAGCGGGAUCCACGGUGGUGAACAUGGGCAACACUGGAAAGAAUGCUCCCCGGGACUAUCUGAUUUGGUCGCUGUGUAACACCCUGUACGUUAACUUCUGCUGCUUGGGAUUCAUGGCCCUCAUCUACUCCAUCAAGGCCAGGGAUCAGAAGACUUUGGGCAACCUGCAGCUGGCUCAGGAGUGCUCGGACAAGGCCAAGUGGUACAACAUCCUGGCCGCCGGCUGGAACCUGCUGAUUCCUCUUCUGGCCGUCGUCCUGCUCGUCCUCCUCCUCGUCCACCUCGGCUCUUCUCAGGGCUCCUUUGACUUCAUCGGAGAAGACGGGUUCCAAAACUUCAUGAAGCUAUUCAGUUGGUAGACGGCAGGCUAAAAUCUGGAUUUUUUUUUGGGUUGUUGGCCUCAGACGGUACUUAUUUGCAUUAGCUGUUAUGAUAAGGUGUUUUGUUUGAUUCGGAAGAUGAAGGCAGGUGAGAUUAGGUAAUGAAUUUGAGCAAGUGUGAAUGUUUUUUCUUCAAAUGGGAAAAAAAACUUUUCUCAGUAUUAUAAUCUUCCUAAUUGGUCAGAACAACAACAAAAAUAUUCUUUAUGCAGAUUGAAAAUCUUCUCAAUGUACAAUUACAUUUAAAGAAACAGGAGACCUCAAAUGAAAUGUAGCCUAUAAAAGAAGUAAAAUUUGGAGUUUAUGGCCUGGCAAAAAAGUUCCGGUACCUUUUGCCCUGCAGAUUUGUCAUUACAGCUUAAGCUAGUUUUAUGAAUGGUGGCUCAGAACCAGAAGCAUUAACAAAGAGCAAGAUUUCACAAACCAUGGAUCACAUGCCUUCCCUAAAUGUAAUAUAUUUGCUUUUAACAAAACAAAACACGUUAUACCUGUGAUGUUCCUUCAACAACAAGUGGAAAUCUCUGCUGUGAAAGGGGUCUAUAGUGAAUCUUCAGCAUUAGCGGGAUACGGUCAGUCAAAAUGUGAAGUUGACCAAAGGCUGAACUUGCCUCAACAAUAAUUUUUAGGGAUAAAUGAAGGUGGACGGGGACGAAUCCAGGGCUGAACCAGCAUCCCUUUGUUUUUAAUUUAUUGUAUUUAUGUUGACUGGAAAUCUGAUUUACAACUUAAACUAUAUUUGGUCAGGUUAAAGAGAGAAAUCGAGAACUGUGGAGCCCCGGUCUUAAUGUCACAAAGAUGAGAAGAUACAUCAACAGAGAACAAUUAGUUUCUUUCCAUCUUUCAGCAGUUUAUAUGUUUUUGUUGUUACACUUUUCAUCUGUUUUUGUUGCCAUUAUUCACAAGUUUUUAGUAUUAUUUUGAGUAUCCUGGGUUUAAACUGUCGUGCUGUCAACCUCUAAACUGAAUAAACCAUUGACUUGAUCCUUUGCU